CCACCGUGAAGACUCUCCUUCCUUGCUCUAUUGCGCUUGCGCAAGUAUGGCGGCGCCCAGUUCGGCGAUGGAGGCUGCUGCGCUGGGACCGGAGGAGCUCGUGUGCGCGAGUGGGCGGAACCGCAAAGCAGUCCUUUGCCAGCGCUGCGGCUCCCGUGUCCUUUUGCCCGGAGCUGCAACCUUCACCCGCAGAGAGCUGUUUCUUCCUGCUAUGAAGAAGAAGACUGCUUUGGUGACAAACGGUGAUCUAGAAGGGGAUGUCUUGCAGGACCACUGGCUAGUCGAGGACAUGUUUUCUUUUGAAAACGUUGGUUUCACCAAGGAUGUUGGAAAUGUAAAGUUCCUGAUCUGUGCAGACUGUGAAAUUGGCCCUAUUGGCUGGCACUGCUUGGAUGAUAAAAAGAGUUUUUAUGUGGCCUUGGACCGUGUUUCUCAUGAAUGAAAUGCUCAUAGGUGACCAAAAGUGGCUCCUAGGCACCUGAUUAUACCACAUUCUAAAUAACUUUCCAAGUUCCUCAAUAUAUAGGCUUGAAACAUGGCCUCAAUAUGUAGGCUUCAAACUGGCACAAAUGAAAUUCCCUUUUUAGAUGCAUCAAUGGAAGUGCUUAUAUUGCUUACUGAGUUGCAACCCAUUUGAACCUGACCAAAUUUGUACUGAUAUUUAAUAAUGUGCAAUUAUGUGCAUAUACGUUGAAACGCACAAUUCCAUGCAAAUUGGCAAUUCAAUUUCCUUAGUGAAAAAGGAAAGAUAUCCUGAAUUUUUUCCUCUGUAAAAUAAGAGUGUAAUACAACAGGGAAUAAGGCUUCUGAUUUAUUGGGAGAGAAGGAAGCAUACCAGAUUGUGAUGCAUAGCUUUCUGCUCUGUUCUGGAUAAAAGAGUAAACAUUUGUGAUUUUGAUGUUUACUGAUAUCUAAUGUUUACAAAUAUCUGAAUUUUCACUUCAUGAUCAUUGUUAGUUAAAAGCCAAUCAUUAGUUACAGGUCAUCUUAAUUAUAAAAAUAGUCAAACUGCAGGAAGUAAUAAUGAAGAAUGGAAACUUAAUUUUUAUAAUUGAAUUGAAAUCAUGCAUUUUAAUUUAUAUAUUGUAUGUAUUGGAAUUACCAAUAGCUAAUCAAAAAGGGCUCACUCUAACAGGUAUAAUCUUACAUUUUCUGUAUAGAACCUCAAUUAUUAAUCUUUUUUCUAAAGCUGCUGUAACACAACUCAUUACUGAUGUCCCUUGCGAUAAUAUAGUCAAUGAAUGACACAUAAUCAUCUAGUCUAGUUAAGAAUAUUAUCUGAAUGUGAGCUCUUUAUUUUUCAUCUAGGAGAAAAUAGAGGACUAAGCUAUGUUUUGUUCUCUAGUUUCUAUAGUGUACCAAACCCCUCAUUUAGAUGUCAAGUUUAGAAUGUUAGAAGGCUUGGGAGUAGGUUGGCUAUUGAACCAAUCAGUUGCCUUUUGUUAUAUUGUACAUUUUGGCAAUAUGCCUGAUUCUUUUUUUCUUCAGUUUUAUGAUUCCUUUUAAUUUUAAUUGUAAAACAUCCAGGAUUGUUUGGACUUGGGCUGCCUCUGAAUUUCAAUAAAUAAAAAUAGGCUGUGUAAAAGAUGGUCAGCUUAUUAGCUACAUGCCCUUCAUAGGAUGGACAACUCCCAGGGAAAGGGCAUGUUUAUAGCUUAAUCUUAACCAAGCUAAGUAUGACAUGAGUGCUGUUAAAAUGCUAACCAGUGAUUCUGGUUUCCCUGUAUCAAUUUAAAGAAAGUAACGUUAGAUGAGGUUUGUUAUUUCUUUGAUUUAAAUUUCUUGGGGUUCAGUCUUCUCCCCAGUAUUCUUAAACUUCCAGGGGAAGUCACUUGAAUUUUGUUAUUAUAUGAUGUUAUGUAUUGCAACAACUUUUAUAUCACUGAAUUCUGGAGUUUGUAGAAUUUUUAAGUGCAUGUCUUAGUACACUUUUCAAAAAGCAUAUGUAAGAGCAAUCUGAAAUGUAAUGCCGGUAAGAUUGCAUUAUUGUGGAAUAGACAUGUUAGUCCUUCUGUUACAAGUAUUUAUUUAUGGAAAGUUAAUAUAUUACUGCUUUCUUAGUAGUGAUGAAAUAAAACAGACUACUGGCUGGUGCCAUAUGGGUCAGUUGUUUCCAUCACUAUUUUUAAAAAUACAUGAAACCCCUGGAGUUCAUUUGGAAAUGUUCAUUAAGAUUUAAUCAGUAUGGUGCUUAGUUAUCCAUUGUUACUCCAGGUGCCAUGCACUUUUAUCUCAGUGCCUGAAGGUUGUUAGUGUCUGGAGGUAUAAGCAAACGUAUUUAUUUUUUCCUGUUAAAUAUCCUACUGCCCAUAAUGCUCCUUUUCCAACCAUACAUCAAUUCAUGUUUGUGAAUUGUUACAUGUAUAGGUUUUUCAUCUCUGGAUAUCUGUAUAAAAGUUUGGACAUUCAGAAAUAAACAUCAGUGGUACACAACACUGACAAAACUUCAGUGAGUUGUUUCACUGCAAAAGUA